AGCAGAGCAGCUGUGGUAUUUGGAGCAAGUAUAAAUAGCUGCCUGGACAGAGCUCGGCCAGCGUGGGGUGCAGCCGCCGGCUCUGCGGGCAGCCCUGUGCACUGGUGGCCACAGCGGGUACAACCAGGGCAAGGGGCUGGGCAGCGUACAAGAAAAGCCCCAGGAGCUCUGGCCAGACACUCCUCACUGUUGCCACAUUGCUGGAUGCUCUUGCAGCCAGCCAUGCUGCUGGGGGGCCUCCUCCUCCUCAUGGCCACCAUGACUGGAGCCCAGCAGAGGGGGCAAGAGGCAGGCGGGCGCCGCCGGGCACACAGAGUCCAGCACGGCCAGUGCAGCUACACCUUUGUACUGCCUGAGCCUGAGCCCUGCCCACCGGAGCCUGAGGCCUUCGGGGGCUCCAACAGCCUCCAGAGGGACUCACCAGCCACUGUGCUGAACCUGGAGGAUUGGCCCACCCAGCGGGUGAGGCAGCUGGAGAAGGUGCUGGAGAACAACACACAGUGGCUGCAGAAGCCCAUGGUCUCCCCACAGCUAGAAAGGUACAUCCAGCUGAACUUGAGGUCUGAGCUGGCGCAGGCCCAGCAGCACAUGGUCCAGAACCAAACAGCCACCAUGCUGGAGCUGGGCACCAACCUCCUGAACCAGACCACUGCCCAGACCCGCAAGCUGACCGAUGUGGAGGCGCAGGUGCUGAACCAGACCUCACGGAUGGAGGUCCAGCUGCUGGAGACCUCGCUGUCCACCAACAAGCUGGAGAAGCAGCUGCUGCUGCAGGGCCAUGAGCUCCAUCGGCUUCAGGACCACAACAGCGCCCUGGAGACGCGGGUGCAGGCCCUGGAGACGCAGCAGCAGGCGGAGCUGGCCAGCCUCCGCGGCGAGAAGGAGCGGCUGCGGCGCCUGCUGGGCCGCCAGAGCGGCGCCCUCGCCGGCCUGGAGCGCAGCCUGCGGGCCGCCAGCAGCAAUUCCAGCCUCCUGCAGCGCCAGCAGCGCCAGCUGCUCGAGUCGGUGCAGCGCCUGGUGCGCGUCGUGGCCCAUGGACCGGCCUCCAUGAGGACAGCUGAGCAGGUGUUCCAGGACUGUGCAGAGAUCCAGCGCUUCGGGGCCAAUGCCAGUGGCAUCUACACCAUCCAUGUGGCCAAUAUGACAGAGCCCAGGAAGGUGUUCUGUGACAUGGAGGCCAGUGGAGGCGGAUGGACCCUCAUCCAGCGCCGUGAGAAUGGCAGUGUGAAUUUCCAGCAGAACUGGAAGGAUUACAAACAGGGCUUCGGUGACCCGGCCGGGGAGCACUGGCUGGGCAAUGAGGUGGUGCACCAGCUCACCAGCAGGACAGCCUACUGUCUGCGUGUGGAGCUGCAAGACUGGGAAGGCAACGAGGCCUAUGCCCAGUAUGAACAUUUCCAGCUGGGCAGCGAGGGGCAGCUGUACAGGCUUUCUCUGAGUGGGUACAGUGGCUCAGCUGGGCGCCAGAGCAGCCUGGUCCUGCAAGGCACCAACUUCAGCACCCGUGAUGCAGACAACGACAACUGUCUCUGCAAGUGCGCCCAGAUGCUGUCUGGAGGAUGGUGGUUUGAUGCCUGCGGCCUCUCAAACCUCAACGGCAUCUACUACCCGGCUCGUCACCACGUGCGCAAGCUCAACGGCAUCCGCUGGCACUACUUCCAGGGCCCCAGCUACUCGCUGCGGGCCACUCGCAUGAUGGUGCGUCCCGUGGGCAUCUAACAAGCAGCGGCGCCCGGAGGCUGGACCCACAGGAGGAGCCAGGACUUGGCAGCCUGGACAAGAUGGUCACAGUACACAGGACACAGUGCCAGGGCCCUGUCCUGGACACACUGGGUCUCCUGAACCAGCCCUCCUCACCCCGGAGGCCAGAAGAGUCAGCUGCCUCCUCCCUUCCCCUCAAGCUGUGAAAUGGGGGGACAUCUGGUGUCCCUGCCUCUGCAGUAUCCCUCUUUCUUCUUUCCUCCUGUCUCCUGCAGGGGUCAUGUGCCAGCUUGAGGGUCACAAUACCCUGAAUGAGCUACAAACUUGAUUUGGCCCCUCAGAGGAAUACAGGACUAAUGGCGGGAUUUCAGGCAGGUGGUAAAGUAUUUCAAACAGGCAACUACUCAGAUGGGGGCCCAGAUUCUGUCUCUUGGUGGGAAGGCCAUCUCCUGUUUCAUCCUUGAGAUGUCUUUGAACUUUCUGUUCAAGGCUGAAGGGGUUACAUCCACCCCAUAAUGGGCAUCAUUAUAUCCAGCCAACACCAUCCACCCCUCCUAGGCCCCAGCAUCUGGAGCUCAGACCUGAUAUCUCAAGGGCUCCAGGAGAUCUAAAAGGAAUUCCUUUGCCCUCAGCAUGCCCUAGAAUUGUUUCAGAAAAAAUAACUCAGGCUCCCUUCUAAAAGUAACAAUGGUCAAGUGAGAAAGAGGAACACCAGGUUAAAUCAAUGUCAACAGUCUUAGCUGCAGGAUUUGUCAGAGCCUUAAAUGUGGUCCUUGUGAACGCCCAUGAAGGAGUUAGAGUGGGCAGCCUUCUCCAAAUGUACUCAUUUGAAAAUGGGCCCCGUUCAUCCCAGAGCAUCUCUUAGGGCUGUGGAUGCCCUUGGAAACAGCCGGUCCUCACUGUCAUGAGGAGGCCCAGCCCCCACCCCGACCUGCACUCACCACUUCUGGCUACAAGGGCUACAAUGAUGGCCUCAAACAGCCUCUGGAAACAACUGGAAGGAAACUCUGGGUUAAGGCAGACACACACCAUCCCUGAAGAAGGUCUAGGUCUCAGUGUCCUCUCUGUGCUGGCUGGUGUCCUCCCAGGCUUCUUCUGACCCUAGGACACCAGAUCUCUACCUGGGGACUGCCCCUCAGCACACCCUGGAACCCCAGCUCACCUGGCCUCUCUGCCUUAGGCAGGACACCAGUUCCCAGGUCCAGAUCCUUCCUGCCUCCCAGCUGGAACCCCAGCCCCUCCUCCUGCCCCAUCCAGCUGUGGCACUGCAGCUGGGCAUCCAUGGGAGGUGGAAGCGAAGGAGACUGGGCCUCUGCCUGAGCCUGGGAGACCAGAGGCUCCUCUGAGCUUCUUUCAGAAGAUCGGGUAAGAGAGGAGCCACAGACCCUCUGCCACCCACCCCCAUCACGGUGUCACCAUCCUCAGUCCUGAUGAGGCCACCACAGUCCUGUCAUCUCUAGCUGACACCUGGGCCAGCCAGGACUGACCAAGCCGGAUGUGCCUCUGUCCUGAAAUGUCCUCCUGGAUGAGGCUGGGGCAGUGGAGGCAGGACACCUUCUCCCAGCCAGCUCUGGCCCGGCCCGGGUCCACCUCAGCCAACCCUCUGAGUAAACCCAGCGCACAUCAAUGCCAGCCUCCUUCAGGGAAACCAAAGGAUGUGGUUGUUAAUGGGCAUUUCAGGCAGGAAGAGGAGAGGGAGGGAGGGCAGGUUCCUGCCCAAAAUGCUCACAUGGCCUUACACAGUGUUUGCUCCUCAGGCCCUGGUUUAGCACCUACUGUGUGCAGAGUGGUGCUGUGGGCAGAGCUUUGGAGUAAGAAAGACCCAACCCUGCUCUUGAAUUUGAGGCCAGUGGCUAGCUUCUCAAAGCCUCAAUUGUCUUGUCUGGAGAAGUAGAGAUGAUACUCCCUUCUCGCUGGACUGUGGCAGUGAGACCAUGUAUGUCAGCCUCUUAACAGAGCCUGGCAUGGAGCAGGUGCCUAAUAAAUGUUAGUUCCCAAAGAGGUGAGAGGGGUGAGGAAAUCGAUGUCUAGUGCAUGCCACCCCUUCUCCAGCCCCAGGUAAGGUAAGCAUUUAUUUUUGUACUACAGUUUGUAGGCUGGCAGCGUGCUGCAGAGGAGAGGAGGACACAGCUCUGAGCCCUGCAGAAACACCACUCUGGGUGUGGGGAAGGCCCAAAUCUCUGUCUGCACUUGUUUCCCUUAAAAAGGCCAAGAAGCUGAUUUGGGUUACCCUGGGACACCAGUUCUUAAAUAUCCAUUCUUCCUUCUUGCCUGCCUGCCCCCUCCAUGCCAGGACUCUCCAGCACAAGGAAUAGAAGCCCUCGCCUAAGGAAUGGAUUAACUCACAUACCAGGAAGUCUUCAGGUGGAUUCAGGUGCAGUUAGAUCUAAGAGCUCAAAAGUUUCCCUCUUCAUCUCUCAGCCCUGCAUCUGCUGUGCAGACUUCUCAGUCAGGUUCUCUCCUAACAGAUGUCUGCAGUAGCCUGGGCUCAUGUCCUCCCAGCUCCGCACCCCUAAGACAGAAAGCUCCCCUGACCCAGUGAUUCCAGCAAAGGCAUGAUUCUUUCCAGCCAGGACUGGCCCUGUGUCCACCCUGCACCUAUCCCUGUGAUUCUCAGUGACCAGAUCUGGUCAUAGGGUCAUGCUCAGAACCAGGGUCAGGGCCAGUCCCAUCCAAGUCAUGGAUCUAGCAGGGGAACCUGAGGUGCUGUCUCAGGAAGCAGCAGUGCUGGGCAGGCAAGAACCUGUGAUCACUUUUUCUCUCUCUCUGACUCCCACCUCUCCUCUCUCCAUCUCUGCUCCAUCUCCAGCCUUCCUGCCCCAAGGCCUGGCCCCAGCCUCUGGCUCAUCGCCAGUUGCCCCAACCUAUCAAGGACACAGCUGUGUCCUGCCCAGGGAUGUUCAAUCCUGGUUUGCAGUCCUGGCCCUGCCCUGGAGCAUAGCCCCUGACACUCUGAGCCUCCAUUCCCUGUCUGUGCAAUAAGGAUGGACCACCUGCUGACUUAUAAAAGCCAUUCUGAUGGUGACUUUGACUCACAAUGGCUGCAGACAAGACCAGAUGAAAGGCUCUGGGUAGCAUAACAGCCUCCAGUGGGCAUAGCUGGUGUGGUCGUGGCCCUGGCCAGGUGUCCUGGAGGACCGCUACUUAUGGGAACUGGCUUCUGGGACACCUGCAUCUACAGGUUCCUAUGGAAAAUCCUGUCACCUCUCCCUGCAUCAGACCAGUGUUCUCCCCAUGUUAGCAAUGAAGAAAUAGAGCUCAGAGAGGGAAGGAGUCUAACGUGAGGCAGCACAGACAAUCACCACAUCCAGUGCACUUGCACCUAUGAGCUGCUUCCCUUGUCCAGAGCUCUCUGGAAGCAUCUUGGCACCAACCACAAAAAAAAAUGCAGGAGUGGUAUCCCCUUCACUUGUAUCAUGGGUUGAAGGAGCUUUCUGGAAAGCCUUCCAAGGACCAUUCUGCCUUUCCCGCUGGCACCUUGUAGAUCUUGAUGGAGCCAGCCAGGCAGAACACACUGUUCCUGAGAUCUCUGCAUGUUCCUGGCAAAGACAAUUUCCACAGUGGGGAGAGAGUUCUCUGUGCAUGCUCCAGAAAUGAUGAGCAUGGGCAUAGGAGAAAGUGGCCCUUGCAGGGGAAAAGGGGCAGCCAGCAUUAGGAUGGUUUGUCUCGGUAGCUAGAGAAUUUGACCCCUUUUUCCAGGUUUUUCUCCCACCCAGUGUCUGUAUGGGCCUUUACGUCUCUCAUAAAAGAUGCUCCAGAAAGCUAACAGUGUUGCCUUGGCAACACCAGCAUCAGCACCUUUUGAAGGAAUAGCCCUUCUGCAGGAUUCUGGUCCAGGCUGUGUCCAACAUAAACGUGUUGCUUUCUAGUGUUAGAUUAAUAUGGGAUUGCACAGCUGAGGUUCUCAGGGGUCCUGAGGGCAGGGAAACCCAAUAACAUCCAACACAUUCCUGCCCUACCUGCCCUACCCUCUCUGCGCUCCCUUUCUACAUAUGCACAAUGAGGAGACUGGAUCCAGUUCACAAGGAAGUCAUGCAAGUCAAUGUCAUGGUGGGCAUCCAGGCCCAGCACAUUCAUUCAUGUAUUUGUUCAUCUGCAUCCUUUCAUCCAUGCAAGUCAGCAUUAAGGACCUGCCUGGGCCAAGGCCUGGCUCCGUGAUGGGAAUGGAACAGUGAACAAGACAGACAUCCGUGGUCCUGUACUCACAGAGCUUAACAGGCUAGAGAGGAGACUGGCCAAAAGCAAAUUUUAAAAAAUUUAAAAACCAAAUUAAGAAACUAAUACAUUGCAAAUGAAGGAAGAAGACAUGAGGUAGAGAUAAGAGAUUACAGAGGGUCCAACAGAGGGUGAUCAGGAAAACCCCUUCUGAAGAGGUAUACCUAAAUUGAGGGCCAAUAAGGUGAGAAGGCGGCAUCCAGGGAAUAGCUGUGGGAAGAACAGGCCCACUAGAUGGAACAGCAAGUGCAAAGGCCCUGAGGUGGUCACUAGGAACUACCAGGAGGCCAGUGUAGCUGGAGCACAGCAAACACAGAAGAGUGGUGGGAGAAUGUGCCCUCUGAGCACCUACAUCAGAGAUGGACUCCCCUCCCCAAUGCCCACCAAGGUCUGGAUCCAGGCACUGCUCUGUCUGAGCCACUGUGGAGCUGGGGCAAAUUCCUGUCUCCCUCUAGACCUCAUUUUCCUAAUCUGUAAAAUGCAAGACAGGGAUCACUGAGAGUCAUCCAGAUCCUGUUAUUUGUAUAAAUCUGGGUCAAGGGACUUGUUGUGUCCACUGCCCAAGCUGGGUGUCAUUGUGGGGGUCAGAAGGAGGAAGAGAAAUCCUGGGACCUGCCCUCAGGUUGAGUGGGGAGUUUGAAAGUUCUCCUAGAAGAGGCCAGCCAGGAGGAGCUGGUAGGAAUACGGGGCAUCGAGUACCCCUCCUCACUGCCAGGCCUACCUGCACCAUCCUUGAAUCCUACUAGGUUCUAUCAUUACCCCCAUUUUACAGAUAUGGAAACUGAGGCUCAGAGAAGUGAAGUGCUUGCCUAAGAUCACACAGUGAUAGGGUACAGGCUAAGCUGCUGUAGCAAAAAGACCCCGAAACUCAGUGGGUUAAAUAUUUCUCUUCUAUGUAAGUCUGGAGUUGAGCAGUCGAUGGCUGGUGGGUGGCUCUGCCAUGCUCAACAGCAGCUGCCAUUUCCCAUGGACAGCAAGGGGAACAGGACACAGCACUGCUUCCCCUCCAGCACCUGCUCUCUCACCCUGGCCCCGUCUUCUGCCUGGAAGAUCCCAGCAGCAUCCCAAUAGAGCCCCAGCCCCAGGUCUGCUCCCUCCUGGCCUACAGGCAUGUCACUAGAGGCUUCAGCAGCUCCCAGUACCUUGUACUCAGCCUGCAACCAGGGCUCCUCACCCGCAAGCUCAGCCUUCCCCCAGCUCCACCUCAGCUCUGUUCUUAAACUGGAGUUCAGAGGCUUCGGGCCUGAAGCAUUCCUUCUGGAGAAAGGGUCCCAGAGGCCAGUCGGUUGUCCUGGAAGAAUUGCCCAUUUUCCACUUGACCUGUAUGUCCCUGUGGCACAGAGCACAGGGCCUAGCUCGCAGUAACUGCUCUAAGUAACAUGGUGGAUUGGUUCAGCCCUCUGGCUCUCCUGAGAGCUGGAUCCAAGUCCCACUUCUGCCCCUUAAAGGAUAAUGCUGGAGCCUCCAAAAUCCCUGUGAGGGCUCAGAAAAUUGUAAGGCCCCUAGGACAGGGCCUGUAUGCAGUCCACUCUCUGUGAUGUUAUCCCCAGUUAUUUCUCUGUGUCGGGCACCACGUGAAGAACUUCCCUGAGACUAUCCGUGGAAGCCCUGUAAUGGCCCUAUGGGGUAAGUACUAUUAUCAUCCCCUUUCAAUGGAUGGGAAAGCUGAGUCUCAGAGAAGUGAAAUCACCUUGCCAAAGUCACACAGCAGGAACUUAUGGAAAUGGCUUUGGACCCAAAUCACCUGCUCCAGAGCAUGCUUCAACUUGAUCUUACAUUCCCUGGGACCAAGGCUAGAGGAAAAUAAAUACAUAAGCAAUUGCCAAGUUCAUGCUGGCCAGUACUUGAAACACAUAGGCAGAUAAAUGCCCAUGGUCCCCGUUAGAUCCUCCUGGGGCAGGGCCAGGACCUUCUUUCCUGUUUCUGACCUCCUGACUGCCCUGCCCUGGCUUCAGAACACCUGGCCACAGGCCUGCCACCCACAGUCGUCUGAGUGGGACUUAGCUUUCUUCAGUGUCAACCUCUCUCGUCUCCCUGCUGUGACCUGAGCAGGGAGGGGCAGGGACAGGCCACACCUGUUGAUUCUAAUCUGGGGAGCCUGGAAGCCCCCUGGCUGGCUGAGGUCUCCUCCCUCAGCCUUCACCUGCCCUUUGGUGUCUGGGAGAGGUGUCAAGACCACAGUCUGGCUAUGGCCACAGAUCAGAAGACUGGGUCAGUGCCUCCCCUUUCAGGGCCUCACUCUACUUACUCAUAAAAUGGGAGUGAGCAGUCCAGCCCUGCUUGCUUCACAGGCUUGCUGGGAGAAUCAAAUCAGAUGGUCCCUUCCCUUAACAAAUAGUUACUGAGUACCUACUAUGUGCCAGCAAGGUGCUAGGCCAUGGGUACUCAGCCAUGAACAAGACAGACUGAUCCCUGUUUUAAGGUGCUUGCUGUCUGAAGUGGGCAGAAGGAGGCAGAAAUUCAGUAGGAAUUAAACAAAAAUUAAAAGUACAAUGUAUAUGAUGGGGGAAUUUGCAAUGCUGUUGGAGCAAGGACACCAACUUAGACAGGGAGGGCAUCUGUGCAGGAUGAGGAGGACGUAGGUGAAGAGGAAAGAGGUUCCAGGAAAAGGGAACAGCAUAUGCAAAGGCCC